GCUGUGUGUGUGUCGGACAUUGGGCGAAUUGUUGUUGAUUUGCGAAUUGGGCGAAUAAAAAUACGAGCUUUUCAAGAUUUUUUCGUUGAUCAGACCCCACAAGUAUAUAUCAGGAAAAGUGCAGGCUCUCUGUUUUUGUUAUUUAACUUGACUAAUUUGACUCCCGAUCUGUGUGUGAUCUUGUACUAUUCAGUAGAUACAAUUAGUAGUAUUUACGACUAAUUUAUUGUCAAAAGCAGCAAAUGCAACCCAAUUGCGUGCAACAUGACCGUGUGGAAAUGUGUGGAAGGGUGUGCCACAAAGGAUCGUAGGAGUAGCAUCGCCAACACCAGCAACCAGGAGGCGAAUCACUAACAACGACGGAAAUAGAACGCAACAAGUUCUCCAUACGAGUCGAGUCCGAGACACACAAAACAGCGAUCGAUACACAGCCCAGCCACAUCUAUACAUACACACUCUUGACAAUGAGCCCGUUCGGGUCCAAGAAGAAUCGUUCCUUGCCUGUGCGGGUGAGCACAUUUGACUCUGAGCUGGAGUUCAAGCUGGAGCCGCGUGCCUCUGGCCAAGACCUAUUCGAUCUUGUCUGCCGCACCAUCGGACUGCGGGAGUCGUGGUACUUUGGCCUACAGUAUGUGGACACGCGCAACAAUGUCUCCUGGCUUAAGAUGGACAAGAAGGUCAAGGAUCAGCGGGUGGAGCUGCAUGCCAACAACAACAUUUACGUUUUCAGUUUCUAUGCGAAAUUCUUUCCGGAGAAUGUCAGCGAGGAACUGAUCCAGGAGAUCACACAGCAUCUCUUCUUCCUGCAAGUCAAGCAGAGCAUCCUCUCGAUGGACAUCUAUUGCCGGCCAGAGGCCUCUGUCCUGCUGGCCUCCUACGCGGUCCACGUUCAGUAUGGUCCGUACGACUACGAAACCUACAAGGACGGCAUGCUGGCCGGUGGCGAACUGCUGCCCAAGGGUGUGACUGAUCAGUACCAAAUGACGCCCGAAAUGUGGGAGGAGCGCAUCAAAACUUGGUACAUGGAUCACGAGCCAAUGACGCGCGAUGAGGUCGAAAUGGAGUAUCUGAAAAUUGCCCAAGAUCUGGACAUGUACGGUGUCAACUAUUUUCCUAUUACAAAUAAGAACAAAACCAAAUUGUGGCUAGGAGUCACGGCCGUGGGACUGAACAUCUACGAUGAGCGGGACAAGCUAACUCCAAAGACAACGUUCCAAUGGAAUGAGAUACGACACGUCAGCUUUGAUGAUAAAAAGUUCACCAUUCGCCUGGUGGACGCCAAGGUGUCAAAUUUUAUAUUUUAUUCGGUGGAUCUGCACAUUAACAAAAUGAUACUCGAUCUGUGCAAGGGCAAUCAUGAUUUGUAUAUGCGUCGCCGCAAGCCAGACACCAUGGAGAUACAGCAAAUGAAGGCCCAGGCCAAGGAGGAGAAGCAACGCAGACAGAUCGAGCGCAAGAAGUUCAUCAGGGAGAAGAAGUUGCGCGAGAAGGCCGAACAGGAUCGCUACGAGCUGGAGAAGAGCUUUGAGCAUCUGCAGAAUGAGAUGCGCAUGGCGAGCGAUGCGUUGCGCCGUUCCGAGGAGACAAAGGAGCUGUACUUUGAGAAGAGUCGCGUCAACGAGGAGCAGAUGCAGCUGACUGAAUGCAAGGCAAAUCACUUCAAGACCGAAAUGGAUCGACUGCGCGAGCGCCAGAUGAAGAUCGAGCGGGAGAAGCAUGACCUGGAGAAGAAGAUACGCGACGCUGAUUUCUUUGUGCAUCAGCUGACGGUGGAGAAUGAUAAGCGGGAGGCAGAGACGGAGAAGCUCAAGAAGGAGCUCAUCUGUGCAAAGAUGGCUGAGCGCGAGGCCACCGCCCGUCUGCUGCAUUUCCUCAACAGUGGACGCAAAUCCUCAACGGACAGCCUGCUGACCGCCUCCACAGUAUCGAAUGCGGUCAACACAUCCUCCAGUCUAGCAGCAAUCAGUACGCCCUCGCUGACCACGAGCAGCUCCACCAAUGAUAUGGAAACGGCCGGCGGUGCCGAGCUAACCACAUCCGCAUCACACUAUCUGGUGCAGGGGGACAACUCCAGUGGCAUCUCCGACGAUUUCGAGCCAAAGGAGUUCAUACUCACCGACAACGAGAUGGAGCAGAUAACCAACGAAAUGGAGCGCAAUCACUUGGAGUAUCUGCGCAAGUCCAAGAAGCAGGUGCAGAACCAGCUGCAGACCCUGCGCUCCGAGAUAGCGCCGCACAAGAUCGAAGAGAACCAGAGCAACCUCGAUAUACUCAGUGAGGCCCAGAUAAAGGCCGGUGAAAAUAAAUACUCAACGCUCAAGAAGCUCAAGUCCGGCUCAACCAAGGCGCGUGUGGCCUUCUUCGAGGAGCUCUGACCUCUUACCGGUCCAAGACAAUUCUCUCUAACAUUAAGGGCUUCCAAAUUGCUGCAAAAAGCUUUUAAUUUGUGUUGAUUGAUAGCUUGUUUGAUUGAGUGUUGUUUUGUGUUGUAUUUAGAUAUAAUUUCGAACUCCUAAAUUGUUCAACUGUAUACUCAAGCCGCUGCUGUUAUAAAUAAAUAAAAACACAACCAAGGACCCAAGACCUAGGCCACAAGAACACGUGGGCUGGGCCCCAAA